GUCUGGAAGGACCAUGGACUGGCAGAUGGAGACAAACAUCACCAAACCUUUUCAGUGAAUGUGGCGGCACCACACACGUCCUGAGGCUGAGCUGGUCUCCAGAUGGCCAGUACCUGGUUUCAGCUCAUGCCAUGAAUAAUUCUGGGCCCACAGCUCAGAUCAUCGAACGCGAUGGCUGGAAAACCAACAUGGACUUUGUGGGUCAUCGAAAAGCUGUUACUGUGGUGAAGUUCAAUCCUAAGAUCUUUAAGAAGAAACAGAAGAAUGGCAGUACCCCUAAACCCAGCUGCCCAUACUGCUGCUGUGCAGUGGGCAGUAAGGACCGCUCACUCUCUGUAUGGCUCACUUCACUUAAGCGCCCACUGGUGGUCAUCCAUGACCUCUUUGAUAAGUCCAUUAUGGAUAUUACAUGGACACUCAAUGGGCUGGGACUCCUGGUGUGCUCCAUGGAUGGAACUGUGGCUUUCUUGGAUUUCUCGCAGGAUGAACUGGGAGAUCCCUUGAAUGAAGAGGAAAAGAAUGCUAUUCAUCAGAACAUCUAUGGAAAGAGUCUGGCCAUUACUAUGGAAUCCCACCUUUCCAGCACUAUUAUUGAGAACCCAGAAAUGCUCAAGUAUCAGCAGGAACGGCAGGGGAACCAGAACCCCAAUGGAGCCCAGGGAAGUGGUCCUGAGAACCAGACGCCCAAACUCACCAAUGUGCUCAACGGAGAGUCCCUGGAGGACAUUAGGAAGAACCUCUUAAAGAAGCAGGUGGAGACCAGAACUCCAGAUGGGAGGAGAAGAAUCACACCUCUCUGCAUCGCACAGCUUGACACGGGGGAUUUCUCACCAGCGUUGUUCAACAGCGUCCCAAUCUUGCCGGGGUCUUCUGCAUCGACUCAGCUCACCCCUCAGAUAUCUUCGGAUUCCAGUACAGCCAACUCACUUGGCUUGCGACCCUCCCAUGACCCCACCACCACCUCUCCCAACAAAACUGCGGAAGAGAACAAGGACAGUGGACCUGCAGCUGUAAAUUCGAUCGGUAUGAAAUCGAAUCUGUUGUUGACAUCUGCCUCCAAGAUGGAGCCCAUGAAAGCACUGGAUUCACGAUUUACUGAAAGGUCAAAGGCCACGCCAGGGGUGACUAGUGUACCCCUCACUAUAGGCAUCACCCCACUUGACAGGGUCAAAGACAGCAGCUCUGUGAAGGAGCCAAAAGUAAAAGAUGAAACCAGCAGCGAUAGUGAGGACAAGAUCAUGGCGAAACCGCUAUCUAUGGCCAAGAGGAAGGGAGAGAUGGAGGGAGCAGAGGUGGUAGAAAAGAGGAAGAAGGGAAGGCCAAGGAAAGAUGCCAAAAUGAUGAUGCCCAUAUCACAGCCCUUCCCACAGACUCCAGUCUCAGCGGAGAAGGAGCCGUCUCGAUUAAUAACACCUGUAGCGGUGUUAAAACUUCCUACCCCAUCCAUACAGAAGUCAUUUAGCACUCAGGUGAGUACAGACGCUAUCGCGUAUCUGGAGGUGGAGAACGAGGUCUCUGUGGUGUCUGGAGCUCGUCUCAGUCAGCUCAAAUGGAGCAGAGACGGGCGAGAGUGGGACACGCUGCUGACCAGUCGCAUCACCAUAGCAACCGGGAGCAGUGAUAUUGUUGCUGUAGCAUGUGAGGACCGCACACUCUCUGUCUUCACUACAUGUGGACGGAGACUGAUUCCAUCCAUCAUGCUGCCCGCCCCCCUGGCAGCACUACAUUGCUCGGGACACUUUGUCAUGGUGUUGAUGGCAUCAGCCACGCUGUCUGUCUGGGAUGUUCAGAAACAGACGGCUUUGGUCAAAAAUGAAUCUCUGAAUCCAAUCUUAUCAGGCACAGACGCUACAGUAAGUCAGUCUUUUUGACUCAGCAAGGUGUAGCCGUUGGUGUCGCUGUCAAAUGGCAAAACUUACUGCUUCAAACUCAUCACUGGAGACCUGGAAUUUGAUCGCAGAUAAGCAGGACUCUCUUGUACAGUGUGCAGACUUCCGCAAUUGCUUGACCUCUCAGGAUGCUCUGGGCUCCAUGGGGCCACUGGCUCUCACACAGGGCCGUAAUCUAAGGUAACAUCCUUUGC